AAAACUAAUUUCAGUUGUUCAACGUCCGCCAAACUGAUCAAACUGAAAGAAUCUCGUCUAUUUUUUCAAACUUAAGUUCAUAACAAUUUAAAUAUUGUAGCAAAUAUGCUGAAACAACUGGUUGGUGUUCUCCUUAUUGCCUUGUGCUUGAUGCACAGUGCAUCGGCCAUCAAAUGCUACCAGUGCAAAUCCCUGACGGAUCCCAACUGCGCCAAGGAUAAGAUCGAUGCCUCCUCUAACAUCCGUUCGGUGGAUUGCGAUAGUGUGCCCAAACCGAACACCAUGGAUCAACUGCAGCCAGUGACCAGGUGCAACAAGGUGGUGACCAGCGACCGUGCUGGAACUAUCGUAUCCCGGGAUUGCCACUUUGAAUCCAUCGGGCAGAAGGAGAACGAGUGCACGGUGACCCACAGCCGCCAGGUGGAAAGCUGCUUCACCUGCAAAGGUGACUUGUGCAACGCCUCCGGUGCAGGACGCUUUUUGGCUAUCAGUGCAACUGCCAUCCUGGCGAUUUUCGCCCUUCAUAUGAGCUUGUGAGGCGAUUCCAAAACCGAUCCAGGAAUUUUAAAAAUAAAUGUUGAUAACAUACCUGUACAAAAAAAAAUAUAAAUUGUUAAUUAAAAUCUUGAAUAAAAUAAAAUAAAGUUAAACAAA